UCCAGUGAUGUCAGUGGUGGCCGUGCAGGAUGUAAACGCCUCCACCCGUCUCACCACGCAGAAUGCCAUGAUGCAGUUGCUGAGCAAAAAGACACUGAGAGAGAUACAAACAGAGAGAGCCAAACUUUGGGAGCAUCUCGGAUGGACAUGAAUGAGAUGACAAAGCCGUGGGGGCUGGAGGUGGACCGGGUAGAGCUGAUCCUGGAAGGUGUGCUCCAGGAUCCAGAUAGGGGCCACUCGAGGCCCUUUAUUAUGCCCCCCUCUUUUCCAGGACUGGAAGGUCUCACUGGGCUCAUACAGCAGCUCACCACGCAUUUCCUGAGCCAGACAGCUGCAUCUCAAACCAGCAAAGCAGAUACUGUGAGUUUCACCAGUGAGCUGAAUUCAGCCGCAGGUGCAGCUGUGUGUUGUAGCAGUGUGGAUGAACUGCUGUCUGCAGUCAGAUCAGUGUUGUCAGAGGAGCUGGUCAAUCAAGUGGGAGCCUGUUAUCACUUUCAGAUCACCACUGACUCUGGACAGGCCAGCAACUACUAUGUGUAUCUGUCACAAGAUGCUGGAGAACUUCAAGUUUGAGAAGCAGAGGCAUGUGGAGGUAAGGAGCACAUUUGAGCUGAUUAUACUCCCUGAGAAGCCCAUCAUGCUAACCUUCAAACCACUGCAUAAAAGCAGAUAAGAGCUUCAAACAGGAAAUAAUGAAGGACCAGAGCUUCAAACAGGAAAUAAUGAAGGACCAGAGCUUCAAACAGGAAAUGAUUCUGAGGGGCCAGAACUGGAUAAACACCACUGACCUUAGAGCUGGCAAACAAGAAAGCUCAUAUGUCAGUGUCUUGUUAUAAAGACUUUUGAGUUCUAUUUAUUUCAGAAGCAUGCUAAAAUAAAUCUGAAUAUUUGUUUUACACACCUUUUAAAUUUCUGAAAAUGGAGGUCUUUUAAUGAAGGUGACUAAAAUAAAAAAAUUUUUCUCAUUUUCUCCCAAAUUGGAAUGCCCAAUUCCCAAUGUGCUUUUAAGUCCUCAUGGUCGUGUAGUGAUUCGCCACAGUCCGGGUGGCAGAGGACGAAUCCCAGUUGCCUCUGCGUCCGUCAACCUGCGCAUCUUAUCACGUGGCUCGUCGAGCGCGUUGCCACGUGGACAUAGCGCGUGUGGAGGCUUCACGCCAUCCACCGCAGCAACCACGCUCAACUCACCACGCGCCCCACCGAGAACGAACCACAUUAUAGCGACCACGAGGAGGUUACCCCAGACCUGGCUGGAGUCACUCAGCACGCCCUGGGAUUCGAACUAGCAAGCUAGCGAACUCCAGGGGUGGUAGCCAGCACAUUUUACCACUGAGCUACCCAGGCCCCCCCCUAAAAUAAAUUUCUAAACAAUUCUGUAAAGCUUUGGAUGCAUUAACUGAUAUAAAUGAAU